AUGUCUUGGCUGACAAAAAGUGAUGUGUUGAAACUGUUAGCAUUUUGGGAACGACUUAUCCUGGGCAUGAAAAUUGUAUUAAUUUUGAUCGCCAUAUUCAUAAUUCUGGGAAAUAUGCUGGUGUUGAUUGUCACUUGGAGAGAAAGAAGUCUUCAUCAACCAAAUAAAUAUUUCAUCGCCUGUCUGGCUGUCGCUGAUCUUUUGGUUGGUUUGUUUUUAGCACCACUGAAGGUGUGUCUACUCGGUUUCAAUAUCGAAUCGUUAUUUUCAAUCCCUGAUCAUCUUUGUCGUUUUAUGAUUCUUUGUAACCCAAUAAUUUAUGCCUGUCUUGACCAAACGUACAAAGAAGCUUUCAAAAAUUUGUUUCGCCGAAUGAUGUGUCGCGGACGAGAUUCAAGAAGACAACAACCACCAAUAGAAUUACAAAACCUGCGAGCAUGA